AUGAUGCGUCGAGUCUACUCUCGUGUAGCGGGUUUAUGUGCUGUGCCCUAUAGCCGCAAUGUUCAUUUUCCAAUCACACCUCCCCCAAUUGAAAUUGAAUAUUUGGAUGAGGAUCCGCUUGAGUUUGCGGUCCGUACUGAAGCUCGUAAGUGGGGUUUUGAUGACAUGGGGUACAUGCGCGAACUUGCUUUCGUACGCAUCAACAACAAUCCGACUGUUGGUCAGUUUCGCACAAUGACAGCGGAAGAACGUCGCAACCUCUUUUGGGGUAGUGACAGACAGGACUUUUUCCGUCAUCUCACAUUUACAUUAACUGGAACUCCAGAACACCUCUACCAUCGUGGUUGGUAG